CACUUCACUCAAUGUUGUUUGUUUUGUUCUCGUCUGUAUUAUAAUCUAAGGGCAUUCGAAGAUUUAAGUUGUGUGGACAGUAGACGUGAUCAUAUGAACGCCAUUUUCAGAAGAGAGAAGAAGAAGAAGGGUAGUAAAUCUAGUGUAGGAUUGUAUAGAUUUGUGCCAAUUUGUGUGGUUUUACUCGUAAACAUGGAAUCGGGAUAUAUAAUAAGGAAUAACGCAAGGAUUACUGCGAAGGAUAUACCAAAUUCAAGUGCAUCAUUAGACUGCAUUUGUUAUAGACCACAUUCUCACAUUAUAUGCAAUGGUUGUGGAUUUUGGACUAAAGGAAGAGUAAGAUACUGUUGUCCUCAACAUCCUAAGAUUGUUUUUCUACACGAUCAUGCUCAAUGUCCACGCUGUAGGAGCUAUGACUUUAUGCUUAAAGAGAUCUAA